CGUUCACUCACACCACAAACACCAAUUGAUCACCAUGCCGACCGUUCACUUGCUCGACUAUGUCGCCGGAAACGUGCGCUCGCUCGUCAAUGCCAUUGAAAAAGUCGGCUACACCGUCGAGUGGGUCAGAUCACCCGCCGACGUGCCUACUGCAGAGAAACUGAUCAUUCCCGGCGUUGGCCAUUUCGGACACUGCAUGACGAACCUCGAAAAGGCGGGCUACGUCGAACCCAUCCGCGAACACAUCAAAGCUGGGAAACCGUUCAUGGGAAUAUGCGUCGGGAUACAAGCGCUCUUUGAGGGAUCAGAAGAAGACCCGAAUGUGAAGGGUCUGGGUGUGAUACCAGCGCGGCUGAAGAAGUUCGACAGCAAGGACAAGAGCGUGCCGCACAUUGGCUGGAACAGCGCAAACACGUCACGGACUGGCCAGGUUACAGAUGAGUCGCUGUAUGGACUGCGGCCAGACUCCAAGUACUACUACGUUCACUCAUAUGCUGCGCCGUACGUAGAGGGCGAGCUAGAAAAGGAGGGCUGGCAAGUAGCAACAGCGCGCUAUGGCGAUGAAGAGUUUGUGGGCGCAGUGGCAAAGGACAACAUCUUCGCGACGCAGUUCCAUCCCGAGAAGAGCGGAGCCGCUGGCCUGCGUGCUCUGAAAGCAUUUUGCGAUGGCGAGAGGGUACAAAAAUUACCCAAAGUCCCUUCGAAGGAAUCAGCACGAGAAGGGCUAACGCGGAGAGUGAUCGCAUGUUUGGACGUGCGGACAAACGACCAGGGCGAUUUAGUCGUCACCAAGGGAGACCAGUACGACGUACGGGAGAAAGAUGGCGUAAACACAGGCGGCGAAGUGCGCAACCUCGGAAAGCCAGUCGAGAUGGCGAAGAAGUACUACGAGCAGGGCGCCGACGAAGUCACCUUCCUGAACAUCACCUCCUUCCGCAACUGCCCCGUCGCCGACACGCCCAUGCUCGAGAUCCUGCGGCGUACCAGCGAAACUGUCUUCGUGCCCCUCACCAUCGGCGGCGGCAUCCGCGACACCGUCGACACAGACGGCACCAACAUCUCCGCCCUCGACAUCGCAACCAUGUACUUCAAGUCGGGCGCGGACAAAGUCAGCAUCGGGUCUGAUGCAGUCACCGCCGCGGAAGAGUACUACGCGCGUGGAUCGAAAUUGAAUGGCACUACGGCUAUCGAAGCCAUCUCUUCCGCGUACGGCAACCAGGCCGUUGUCAUCAGCAUCGAUCCCCGCCGCGUCUAUGUUGCCUCUCCCGAUGCCACGCCCCACCACACCAUCAAGACGGCGACCAAGGGCCCCAAUGGCGAGGAGUACGCGUGGUACCAGUGCACCAUCAAGGGUGGCCGCGAGGGCCGGGACUUCGACGUCCGGCAGCUGGUUACGGCUGUGGAGGCCAUGGGCGCGGGCGAGAUUUUGCUAAAUUGCAUUGAUAAGGAUGGGACGAACAGCGGGUUUGAUUUGGAGUUGAUCAAUGAUGUUAAGGAGGCGAUCAAGAUCCCCGUUAUUGCGAGCAGUGGAGCAGGGAACCCAGGGCACUUUGAGGAGGUAUUUGCGAAGACGAGUACGGAUGCGGCGUUGGGAGCUGGCAUGUUCCACCGAGGAGAGUACACGGUCAAGCAGGUCAAGGAUUUCUUGCAAGAAAAGGGGCAGUUGGUUAGGCAGUUCGAGGAGGCGAUAUAGACGCCUUGAACACUAUUGAAAGUGAAAGUGGAACGAAUACGUGCGAUCUGAUGAAACUCUCUGUUGAGCCGAUGAAUUUGUUAUAGACUCCCGAAUGCCAAGUCCUUUUGGUAUCUCCCAAGCGCCCAUAAUGCUGCAUGCGUAAACUUGAUCUCGUGCCCCAGAACG